AUGGCUAGACUCAAGUGUCUUCAACUGUGUGCUUGUGUUGCAUUGAUGGUGGUGAGUGUAUUGUUAAUCUCGACAGAAUCAACACUUCUGGUUUAUUUCAAGCGUGUUCCUCCAGCUAGGUCUAGGUCUUCUAACGCUGUUUUCAAGUAUCUAGUUGAGAGGUUGGAUGGCUCCAAUGCAUGUAAGAGAAAUACUUGUUCAUUUUCAUGUGAGGUUGAUGGAAAAGUUUACCCUUGCCAGGCUAAUGGCAUUGUGUUGAAGAACUUAACUCUAAACCAGGAGCAUUAUUUUCUUCUCAAUGUCACUACAAACAUAGGAGAAAGAAAUUCAUCAGUUUACUCAUGGUUUAUAGACACAAUUCCACCAGCUGCAGCAAUUACUAGUGAGCAGACGUAUACAAAUGGUAAAAGGAUAGCAAUUGAUAUAACAUUCAGUGAACAAUGUACUGGACUGGGUGGAUUUAAUUGUCUAAACUCGUCAAACUGUGAUGUUAUGGUAUCUGGUCCUGCCCACGUGCAUACAUCUUCUUUACAAAUUAUUAAACCAGGUGUCAAAUAUAGCCUUGAAGUGAUUAUAUCGUCAAAAAUUAUAUAUGGGCGUGCAGUAAUCUCACUGGCAGAGAAUACUUGCGCCGAUGAGGCUGGAAACCAGUUCAUGAGAACCAAUGAUAGAAGACCGGUAAUGGUGGACUUUUGGACAUCUGUUCCAUCUUAUGAGUUGAAAAUCAACGGUAUCCCAAGAACAGUCGUCGCAACAGGCAAACCAGAGGAGCUGAUAUUUUUCUUGGACUUCAGCAUUCCUAUAAGAAAUUCAACAGAGCAAGUUCUAAAUGCACUGCAUGUUAAUUCUGGUGUCUUAACUCCUUUCCAUGGUAGAAGUAAUGAGACUCGCCGAUUUGCUUUUAAACUCAAGAACAUCACAAGAACUGAGAUAAUCACAGCCGAAUUACAAGUUACAUCGAUACUCGGCAGGACUGGCACUACUGUAUCUCCUGUUGCUCCAAUAACACUCCUUUACGAUGCGAUGAAACCAAGUGUGGUACUAAGGACCAGCUCUCUCCGUGAAACAAGGGAUUUCAAUGUCAACAUAAUUGCUGAGUUCACAAAGCCAGUAUUUGGCUUUGAGGCCUCUAUGGUAGAAGUCUUGGGAGGAAAAUUGAUAAGGCAGGUUAAAGGAACUGUCAAGAGCUCUAUACUCAUUGACUAUCCAAGCAGUAUCAAAGAAGGUGGUGUCAGUUACCAUUCCUGCAGGGAAGAUUCCACCCCUGCAAUAUCCAUUGCACUGUACUUAUUUGUGAGUGCUGGAACAAUUGCUACAUCACUGAUAGCUGCUAUGGUUUCGCUUUCCUCUGCAAAUCUAGAAGCAAUAAGCAUACUUGCUUUGGGAGGGAAUGAUUGGACACCUACAAGUCUUUGCCCUCACAAGUUGGUUUUCAACUAA